AUGAUGCCAGGACCUCACAUACCAUCUGCCAUUCGGCGGCAGGGCGACCACUAUUACAUGCCGCCGCAGGCCCAUUCCCCGGUGCCGAUGAACAUGUACGGCGGCUACCACCAUCCCGCGCAAUUCCAUGGCGCCUACCCCUACUACCCGCAGCAGUUCCAUCCGCCGCAAUACCACCCGCAGUAUCAACACCCGCUGCCGCCUCGUCCCUUCCCUCAGCCCCCGCCGCCUCAGCAACAUUCUCCCGUGGUCGUGUCCUCGCACCCUCACAUCCAGUCGGUCGCCCCCGUUCACCGCCACGCCGUCCGCACCCCGCCGGUUGCCCAUACCCAUACGCCUCCAGCCCCGCUGGUCGCGCAUUCAUCGACGCCACAGCCUGCGCCGUCGAGUCCCUCGGUCCAUUCGCAGACGCUGCUGACGCCUUCGACGCCGACCAUCGCGCAGAGCAUAGCGACCCCGCCUCUCCUUCCCGCGACAUCUCACCCGUCCUUCGCGUCGCAGCAUGCGCCGCCAUCUCCUGGAGUGAAGAUGCCGUACUAUCCCCCCCUUCCCUGGUACUCGAACCCUGAGGAGCCUUUCCCGCCCAAGGCGCGUCGGCAGAGGCGACGCAGGCGUGAGCAACCCCGGGCGCUCGCGCCGAACGUGUCGCUCCCGCCGAGGGAUGCAGCAGAGUCGGAAGGACUAGAACAGGUAGAUGAUUCUGCUGAGUCUCGAGACCUUACUGCUGCUGCUACUGCCUCUGAGCAGGAGACUCCCGCCACCUCUCAAGCCCAGUCAGAGGCUGAUUCUACCCACCCUACUACACCUUCGUCUGCUUUACCCCCCACAACGCCUCAGACGCAGGCGGCAACUGGACAUACUCGCAAAGCUACCAUCCCUGCGGUGCCAUUCAUUCCAAUCAAGCCAGCUGUGUUACCUUCUCAGCGCAAGGCUAGCACCGCUACUUCAACCGCCGAGAAACCCCGCGCGGGCUGUGAUGUGCCACAAGAGAGUGGCGAAAGUGUAGAGCAACCACCCGUCGCAUCGCCCGAGUCAGAACGCACUACUACUGCACCCUCUCCUGUGCCAAAAUCAGCUCCGAAGUCAUGGGCUGAUCUUGUGAGGACCCAGAACGCUGCUGCUGCUGCCCCGGCCACUUCAGGCUCCAAUGCCAUCUCAACGGCCAACGGCUUUGCUGCGACCAAGAGCGACUCGAUUGCCGACGUGCUACAGACUUACAACGUGAAUGCCGACAACAAGAUUGCCUUCCUUGCGCCUCGAGGUCUUGUAAAUACUGGUAACAUGUGCUAUAUGAACUCUAUUCUUCAAACCCUUGUUUUCUGUAUACCAUUUUAUGAUUUUUUGGAUCAGGUGGGCAAGCGCGCGGCGUACAGUUUCAAAAGCGAGACACCUUUGCUUGACGCAAUGAUAAUGUUCAUGCGCGAAUACACCAUAAUCGACUCUGCAGUCUCGCAGGAACAGCUCAGACUACGACUUAAGGAUACCGAACUUGAGAAAUAUGGUGAACAAUUUACCCCCGAGUUCGUCUACGACGUGAUCAAGCGUCAGCCAAGGUUCUCUCAUAUGAGGCGUGGUCAUCAACAAGAUGCUGAAGAGUUCCUGGGUUUCCUUUUGGCUGGCCUUCACGAUGAAUGUGUCCACGUUAUGAAGAGUGCGCCUGCGAGCGCCACCGUGACUGACGAUGGCGCUUCUACUUCCAACACCGAUUCGACGCAGGUUGAAGGGUGGCAUGAGGUUGGACCCAAGCAAAAAUCAUCCGUCACAAGGUCCUCAGGGAUCAUUGAGUCUGAGACUCCCAUCACCAAAAUGUUUGGCGGGAAGCUCCGCUCAGAACUUCGCGUUCCGGGCCUGAAAACCUCGGUGACGCUCGAACCCUAUCAGCCUCUGCAGCUUGAUAUUGGCGCUCCCAACGUUAACAACAUCGUGGAGGCGCUGAGGGCCUUGACCAAGCCUGAGACUCUUCAGGGUGACUUCAACUCUCCUCGUGGACCUAAUGCCUCUACCACGAAGCAGGUCUUCAUUGAAACACUUCCGCCGGUGCUGAUCCUCCAUCUGAAGCGUUUCCAAUACGACAACACUGGUGGUACUCAAAAGAUCUGGAAGAAGGUCGGCUACCCUCUGGACUUGGAAAUUCCAAAGGAGGUAUUCCCGCAGCACAUGCGCGCUGGCUUGGCUGUCAAGGGCGGCGAGCCCAAGUACCGCUUGACUGGUGUCGUCUACCAUCAUGGAAAGACAGCCAGCGGCGGACAUUACACGGUGGACGUGCGUCGUCAAGAUGGCCGAGAAUGGAUCCGGAUGGACGACACGGUCCUUCGGCGCGUCCGCAGUGAAGAUGUCGCUGAAGGCGGCAGCGAGGAAGAUCCUCGUAUACUUGCGAAGGCACUUGAACAGCACAAGAAGGACAAUGCAAGCGCCAGCAAGAGUAUCUACGAACAGGCUGGCUUUGAUGAGGAUGACUCGCAGAUUGAAGGUGGUUGGAGCCAGGUUAACGGCUCGGGUUCCACUGCUGGCUCCAAGAAGUGGGCCGGCGUCGUUAAUGGCACGGCUACCCCAGCUACGUCAACGGGUAAGAGGACGCCGAUGGCGGACAAGGGGGCCAAGGAUAAUAAGGUGGCCUACAUUCUUUUCUACGAACGGGUCAGGCCGUAG